CUUAUAAAAUGCGCGCCUGUCCUGUUGCAAUUGAAGUUUGUGGACGAGCACAAACAAGCGGCGAGAGGGAAGUUUGCUGUGAGCCUUUCAAGCCGCUGCAAUGAACAAGCUGUUCCGCACGAUUUAAAAAUAAUCCGCGUGUCAGUGUCAUCUUUCUUAUGCAAAGUAGCUGUCUUUGAAGGCGGAUCUUUUGGCAGGUUAGACUGGGACCGAGUCGACGACCGGCUCAGACGAGCGCUGCCACCAAACGCAGUAACUGCCCGAUCAGAGGAGCGCAAUCCUUCAUUUCUGGGACACGUUGCUGAUUUUUUGCUGAGGACUAUUGCUUUGCUGGUUUGUUGCGUUGUGAGGACCGAUCGUCGCUGCGUAAACGACUCAGGGAACAUCUUUUUUUUUUAAUCCUUUUGUCGCAAGUUGCCGCACAGGGACUCAAAUCGCUCGGUCGCGCGGACGCAGACUCCGGAAAAGUGUCAUGAACCGUGACGACGGACCGGUGAGUCCUUUAGAAACAAGGGAGGACCACGUCGGGGCGAAACUGAAAGCGGUUUUACGCGUCCGGAGCGCGAGCGGCUGAACAAGUAGCCGCAGACUUCACCCGCAAACGGCUGCGAAGCAUGGACCUGGACGCGCGCUGCCUCCAGCCCGAAAUCCCCGUCGGACCAUCGCGGGAUUUAUCUUCGCAUUAAACUCUCCCGACCUAAAAUGAGGACGGAAGCGUUGUCCACAUUAAUUCAGCACACAGACGCCGGCCUGAUUUCAUCACUGACUUUUUAAUGAAAGAAACUUGUGGGUGGAAGCAAUGAUGAAAGUUCGCCCUGAUAUUUCUUUAAAGCAAGAGGUGAGAAUGUGUUCAUCUGCCAAAAUGAGCCUCGUUUCCAUGCUACUGGUCCUGUGGAGCCGUGGGGGUUCGGCCAUUAGCUCAAUAGACCCUGACUGGUCAGGAGAGGGAAGAUGCCAACACAUCAGCAUCCCCCAGUGUAAAGACAUCGGCUACAACAUGACCCGGAUGCCAAACCUCAUGGGCCACGAUGACCAAAAAGAGGCCGCGAUCAAGCUGCAGGAGUUCGCGACGCUGAUCCAGUUCGGGUGCCACAGUCACCUCAAGUUCUUCCUGUGCUCGCUGUACGCGCCCAUGUGCACGGAGCAGGUGUCCAACCCCAUUCCCGCGUGCAGGGUCAUGUGUGAGCAGGUCAAGCUGAAGUGCUCGCCCAUCCUGGAGCAGUUUAACUUCCCGUGGCCAGAAUCCCUGGACUGCUCCCGGCUGCCCACCAAAAACGACCCCAACAACCUCUGCAUGGAGGCUCCCAACAACGGCUCGGACGAGCCCCCCAAGGUGUCGCACACCCAGCCCCCGGACUUCCGGCCGCAGCGGCCGCUGGGCGGGCCGGACCCGCCGGCCAAGGACAGCGGCGCCAAGCAGAUGUGCAGCAACCCCGGCAAGUUCCACUUUGUGGAGAAGAGCGAGUCCUGCGCGCCGAAGUGCUACCCCAAAGUGGACGUGUACUGGAGCCAGGGGGACAAGCAGUUCUCCCUGGUGUGGAUCGCGAUCUGGUCCAUCCUCUGCUUCGCCUCCAGCGCCUUCACGGUGCUCACCUUCCUCAUAGACCCGCAGCGGUUCAAGUAUCCCGAGAGGCCCAUCAUUUUCCUCUCCAUGUCCUACUGCGUGUACUCGGUGGGCUACCUCAUCAGGCUUUUCGUGGGGGCGGACCGAAUAGCCUGCGACAGGGACAGCGGGGUCCAGUAUGUGAUUCAGGAGGGUCUGGAGAGCACUGGCUGCACCAUAGUGUUCCUCAUCCUCUAUUACUUUGGCAUGGCCAGCUCCCUCUGGUGGGUCAUCCUGACGCUCACGUGGUUCCUGGCCGCGGGGAAGAAGUGGGGCCACGAGGCCAUCGAGGCCAACAGCAGCUACUUCCACUUGGCGGCCUGGGCCAUACCGGCCGUGAAGACCAUCAUGAUCCUGGUGAUGAGGAAGGUGGCGGGGGACGAGCUGACGGGCGUCUGCUACGUGGGCAGCAUGGACGUCAAGGCGCUCACGGGCUUCGUGCUCAUCCCCCUCUCGUGCUACCUGAUCAUCGGCACCUCCUUCCUGCUGUCCGGCUUCGUGGCGCUCUUCCACAUCCGCAAGAUCAUGAAAACGGAGGGCGAGAACACGGACAAGCUGGAGAAGCUGAUGGUGCGCAUCGGCGUGUUCUCGGUGCUGUACACCGUGCCCGCCACCUGCGUCAUCGCCUGCUACUUCUACGAGCGCCUCAACAUGGACUACUGGCGCGUCCUGGCCGCGGAGCAGAAGUGCGUGGGCGGCGGCGGCGGCGGGCCGGAGUCGGACGAGUGCGCCAUGAAGACGUCCGUGCCCGCCGUGGAGAUCUUCAUGGUGAAGAUCUUCAUGCUGCUGGUGGUGGGCAUCACCAGCGGCAUGUGGAUCUGGACCUCCAAGACGCUGCAGUCCUGGCAGAACGUGUUCAGCAGGAAGCUGAAGAAGAGGACGAGGAGGAAGGCGGCCAGCGUGUUCACCAGCAGCAGGCCCUACAUCAAGCCUCACCCGUCCCUUAAGGGGCCCGGCGCCAAGUACGAGCCCACGCGGGCCCCCCCGACAUGCGUAUGAACCCAAACGUACUUGUGAAGCCCUUAUCUGAGCGAGACUUUUCAAACAGAGUGCCAUCGAAAAAACGUAAAAGAGUCAAUUUUCUAUUUUAUUUAUGCAAACUGCAUUGAAGAUAAUGACACAUGUUUUUGUUGUCGUUCUAUCUGGAGCCGUCGUGCAACAAGAGCUGCCUUUGUUUGAGUAAAAAAAAACUCUGCUACUUCUGGUUUCACUUAUUCUAUCGAGGGACUCGGUAGGAAAAAAUGUUUUGUUCCCAAGACAAAAAAACAGAGUGGAAUAAACCAUUUCGGAUGUGCCAUUGGGGUUACUUGAAUCAUGUGCAAUAGAUGUUUUCCUUAUGGACACUUACUGUACUGUUAAGGACAGCUUACAGACGAUGAGAGGGCCCCACAGAUAAUGGAGGCAAAUGGUCAGAGACGAGUGUCGCGUCCGGGGGCUUUUUAAUGGAAAUGGGGUCGGUGUCACAUAUGUUUGAACUGGAGUGAGAGCAGCUGUUGAGGAGCUCCGGACCUUCCCAAGCUGCCAUUGUGAGGCAAAUCCAUGCCAUGAAUGAAAUAAGCACUCGAUGUUGAAAAGUUGUUUGUACAUGCAGUUGUUUGUGGGUUCUAUAACACCAGGGGACAUUUGUAUAUAUUUCUAAAAAAAAAUAAAAACGAAAGUGGAGAUUUUAUAGAAAAAUAAUAAAACGUUCUAGUUUUAA